GUUCCAUAGACCUGCAUUAGAAAUGAGGACACUGAAGACAGUCAACAGCUGGAGUGGAGGGGGAGAAGAGGUGAGCACCAGCUGCUCUCCAUUGGGGUUCAGUUUUUUUCUUUCAGGCUGGUAUGUGGUCUGGCAUCUCUUCUUGUCCAAGUUCAAGUUCCUCCGAGAACUUGUCUGCGAUAGUGCCUCACUGCAAGGAGAAAGUGAGUCCACGGAGUCGGCGGCAGAGUCGGAAUCCCCACUGACUCCACAGAAGACAAGAGCAAAAUCUGCACGACAGAGGCGAGCUCCAGCCGAAGAGGCCACCUAAGCAUGGCGACACUGCUGAGACUUUAUCAGUGGCAAUCCUGACAUUGUGCUUUCAGCAUCUGCACUGCAGCAGUCAACACUAUAUGACUUGAUGAGAAUAACGGCUUCAUAAAAGUAUAGCAUAGUGAUUUGAAGUCUCAUUACCUGUCCUCAAAUAUUUAUGCUUCCAGAGGAUGUGAAGCGCUAAGUGCAUGAAACUAGACAUGGACAAAACUUAGAUUUUGCCACUGCACUGGUUGUCCAACAGGCUGUAAAGUGUAAAUGUGGCUUUGUAUUCACUACACUGGGUUCUUUAAACUAAACCAGUUUUGCUUCCUAGUAAGGACAUUGAAUUGACAGUCACCACUAAUAAUACAUGCUGAAUGUCAGCUGUGGUUUUAUAGAAGAGCACCUUGUUAAAUUAUAAUGUAAAUAUCACCUAAGAACUCAUUCAGCUGCCUUGAUGUCCAUGAAAAUGUAAUGACAAAAGCUUUCAGUUUGCAGGACGUCUCACUGCACUUCUGCCCUGUCAUAUCAGUUGCCCUAUGGUUUAUGUAUGCAAGAACAACACUGUGGAGGGCAUCUUUCAUUAUGGGUAUCACAUUCAUAACUGUAGAGUGUUAGUUGCUGCCUUUCUUGUUACAACAAAACGCAAAGUGCUUGUGCAUUAGGUGCUCUUGCAUUCCAUAGGAUAUUGCUUGUAAGAGAGCACUGCAACUGUUUGGCCUCGAGGAAGUAUCUUGGUUAAACCUGA